UCUGCAAGGGGGAAGUUGAGUCUGACUCAGAUGCAAAGUGUAAGCACAGUGAAACGGUAGGCGAAGGUUUAACACUUCCCUAUCACGUGAGAGGUGGAGGAAGUCUCGUUUUAUUAGGGAAGCGCGGGUUAUGUGCCGGGCAUUCGUUCGUUUUGUACAGAAUGAGAGUGGAAGCGAUCCUGAGCUGCCUGCUGCUGCUGGUGGUGGGCGAGGCUGGCGGGGUACCCGCCUGUACUUAUCCGCCGGCGCUGUGGUGCAGCUCGUACCGGAUCGCCAGCGCCUGUCAGGUGCUAGACCAGUGUCUGGAGUCCAAACAGCUGGGGUCCGCUGAUCCCGUCCAGGUCAGCCUAUACUAUGAGAGUCUCUGCGGAGCGUGUCGAGGUUUCCUUAUACUGCAGCUUUUCCCCACCUGGCUGAUGCUGAACGACGUGAUGAGCGUCGCUCUCAUCCCAUAUGGAAACGCUAUGGAGAAAAAUGAAAGUGGGAAGUGGAUUUUCACCUGUCAGCAUGGCGAGGACGAAUGUACCGGAAACUUGAUUGAGGCUUGCUUGAUGCACACCCUCCAGGUCCCUGAACGAUACUUCCCCAUCAUUUUCUGCAUGGAAUCAGCAUCCAAUGUGCUUUCAGCUGCUCCGCUGUGUCUAAAAGUUUACGAGCCCAAUGUCACCUGGAGUGUUAUCGAAGAAUGUGUCAAAGGCGACUUGGGAAACAAGCUGAUGCACAAGAAUGCAGAACGAACUUCAGCGCUGAGCCCGCCCCACCAGUACGUUCCCUGGAUCCUGGUCAACGGGAAACACACCCAAGAGUUGGAGGCCCAGGCUGUAAAUUCUCUGUUUAACCUAGUGUGUAACACUUACAAGGGGAAGAAGCCGAUGGCUUGCGAAUUAGCUGACGGAAGGAGUUCAUUCCCACAGUGCAUGGCUCCACUAAAGUGAGCAGCGGUGCCCCGUGUUAGUUUAAUCUGUGUGUAGAAAGGAAGUGCAUUUUGUGCAGGGGUGACUGAAAGCUUCAUGCACAUUUGAGACUAUUAAUACUAACAAGCAAAGCUGCAGCUGCUAUCCGAGUCUGCUGAGAAGAGGCCUGAAGCUGAUUUCCAUUAAUCUUUGCAUUUUUUAAUACCCCAAACCGAAUUACAGUGUUUACAAUUUUUAGUAAUUGUUCCAAAAUAAAAGGAGGAAAAAAAUGUUAUUGUUUCUUUGAAAGUCAAAACACUGAUUCAUAUAAAGAAAGAUUUUUUAAGGCUUUAAUGCAAAAUCUCUUUUAUUAAAUAGGAAAUGUGUUCAGUGGAAUUAAUCACACUAUUGAAAUGAAAAUAAA